AUGGACACUCCUAUCCGCCGCGUUAUCACUCAGCACGAUGCCCAAAGGAACGCUUUCUUCGCCUCUGACGAGCUCCUGACUCCCUACGACCCGUUGACAGCGCCCAGAUUUUCCAUUCCCGGCCCUGAUUCCAGGUUCGGCGUAAUCCAGAUCCAGCGAUCGCGCGGCUUCCCAGUCGACAACAUGCGCUCGCUGCCUGAGCCCCAUAAAAGCCUGGUUCCUCUGGCUGACACCAAGGGCCCCUCCGGUCGAGUCAUUCACCUGCCCGAGUCCGCCAAGCGGGGGUGGAUGCACCGAACGCUAUCGCUGGACUUUUUUGUUGUUUUGACAGGCACAGUCGGCCUGGUUACCGACGGCGGCGCCGAGAAGAUUUUCAAGCCACACGAUGUCAUGCUCUGCCGUGGAACGAACCACGAAUGGGUGAACAGGGGAGGUGAUCCCGCCAGUAUCUUUGGCGUUGUUAUUCCAUCGCAGGAGAUUGUAACGGAGAAUGGUGUGCGACUUGCCAAAACAGAGGCAGGGCCCAUCUAUGACCCUACUGAGGAGGAAGAUGAGCAGCGAGAUCUACUCAGAUUUGGCAGGGAGAUAUAUAUCUAG